CAAAACGAACACAAAUAAGCGCCAAGACUAAUCACAACGAAACCCACACAAGAAAAUCUUGCAAAUGCUUUCAGUUUCACCUCCUCCGUCUCUUCCCCUCCUCCACCACCACAACCGCAGCCUCAUCCACCACGGAAACCACCGUCUUCUCUUCACAGUCCGUUCAUCUUCAUCCUCAAGCAUCCAAGAAGCUGUAGAGGAAAAAACAUCGAAUGAAAAGAACUUAUUGAGCUCCGAGCUCUACUCCACGACACCGUUUCCUUCAAUCAAAGCAGCAAAGAGAGUAAUUCUUGUGCGUCACGGGCAAAGCACGUGGAAUGAAGAAGGACGGAUCCAAGGCAGCUCUGAUUUCUCCGUUUUGACUAAGAAAGGCGAGGCUCAAGCCGAGACCUCUCGUCAAAUGCUCAUCGAUGAUUCCUUCGAUGUUUGCUUCUCCAGUCCUUUGAUUCGGUCGAAAAGAACGGCGGAGAUCAUAUGGGGAUCGCGAAAGGUGAACAUGAUUACGGAUUCUGAUCUGAGAGAAAUUGAUCUUUAUUCAUUUCAAGGGUUAUUGAAGCAUGAGGGGAAGGAGAAGUUCGGAGCAGCGUUUAGGCAAUGGCAAGUUGAUGCUUCGAAUUUUAAUAUUGAUGGCCAUUUUCCUGUGAGGGAGUUGUGGGGGCGGGCGAGGAAUUGCUGGAAUAAAAUUCUUGCACAUGAAAGUAGGUCUGUUCUUGUGGUUGCUCAUAACGCUGUUAAUCAGGCUCUUGUUGCUACAGCUAUUGGAUUAGGGACGGAGUAUUUUAGGAUUUUGCUUCAGAGUAAUUGUGGUGUGAGUGUGCUGGAUUUCGCCCCACGAGUUGAUGGGGGAGAUGGAUCUCCUUAUAUUUGUCUUAAUCGUUUAAAUCAGACACCCAAUUCACCUGUUGCUGCUGGAAGUUCUGCAGGCAGAAAAACCAGUAAGCGGAUCAUACUCGUUUCUCAUGGAACUACACAGGGUGGUACAGAGGCUACCUUUUCAAAUUCUGGGAAUCAGCCAAUGAGCAUGCUUGGAAUUAUACAGUCCCAGAAAACUUCAGAACUGCUUCUUGAUCUGAAUGUGAGCACCAUAGUCAGCAGUCCUAAGAAUGCUAGUGUUGAGAUGGCAACGACUAUCUCCAGAGUGCAAGAAGCUGCAGAUUGCUUGGGUGCUGACUGUGUGCCGCGGUGUGUAGAGAUGAAACAGAUCCAGGAACUUGAUGUCAGAGACAUCCUUCAACUAUCAAACAAGGAUGCAACUGAGGUUCCACCACUUCAGCCUGGAUUCUUAAAUAGAUUUGAGGAUGAAGCACUAUCAGCACUGUGGGAACAGUCUGGGAAAGCCUGGCAAUCUCUGUUAAAUGAAUUGUCUGAUGAAUCCAAGUCCGAAAAGAUUGUGGUUGCAGUUGGUGAUCCUGCCAUUCACAUUGCAUUAAUGGGGCACUGCCUAAAUCUGACCGAAGACUGGAUGGGAUUAUUCCAUCUCGACGCCGGGAGCAUUAGUGUCCUGGACUUUCCUGAUGGACCUACUGGUAGAGGGACUAUCCGGUGUAUAAAUUACACGGCUCAUCUGGGAAGAUGGUCAAUACCCAUUACUAGAUCAACAAUUGACGAUGAAGAGUUUUAAUUGUCAAAAUGUAUAGUUUUGGUAUUAACUUGAAAUGAUAAUUUCAUCCCGAAAAAAAUACCAAUCCUAAAGCAGGCCACAGCAAUGAUGUAUAGUAAAAAUCGUUCGCUGUAAUUUUGAAAUUCUAAGUGGUUGAUUCGAUGGUCAAGGAGUUCUACUUCCUUCGACUUUCUAAGUUCGAUCCUUGAAGUUAUAAUAAUUUAUUCUUUUUGAA